UAACCACCGCUAGUGUGAAUUGACGUAGGCUUUUUGGCCCAUGCGCUCUGCCGUAGUAGGAAAGAUGGCGACCGUAGCACUGGUUAGCCGUCCUGCGAGUGUCCUUCCCAAGAUUUCAAUAGGUAGCUGCUCUCCUGCUGUGCUGUCCGCUGCCUCCGUCACCAAAGUCCAGCAGAGGAAGUUUCACCAUGCUGUCGUCCCCAAAGGUAAAGGAGGACGCUCCUCCUCCAGUGGAAUAGCGGCAACAGUGUUUGGUGCUACAGGCUUUCUGGGUCGAUACGUCGUCAACAGGCUGGGUCGCAUCAGCUCUCAGGUUGUCGUCCCUCACCGUUGUGAUCAGUAUGACGUCAUGUACCUGAGGCCCAUGGGGGAUCUUGGACAGAUCAUUUUCAUGGAUUGGGAUGCGAGGAACAAAGACUCCAUCAAACGGACGUUGGACAACUCUAAUGUUGUCAUCAACCUCGUUGGCAGAGAGUGGGAAACGAGCAACUACCGCUUCGAGGAUGUCUUUGUGACCCUCCCUCAGCAGAUUGCCAAGGCGGCCAGAGAGGCCGGCAUCACAAAGUUUGUCCACAUGUCCCACCUCAACGCUGAUAUACGCAGCCAGUCCAAAUACCUGAGGAACAAGGCUGUAGGCGAAACGGCAGUGAGAGACGAGUUUCCCAACGCGAUCAUCAUGAAGCCAUCUGAGAUGUUUGGCCGGGAGGACCGUUUCUUCAACUAUUAUGCAAACAUGCGCUGGUUUGGCAACGCUACUCCGCUCAUAUCCACGGGAAAGAAGACCGUCAAGCAGCCCGUUCACGUGGUGGAUGUGGCCAAGGCCAUCAUCAGUGCUGUCAGAGACCCUGAUGCUAAUGGCAAGACGUAUGCAUUAGUUGGGUUAGUAUCGGAGCAAAUACUGAAAGAGGAUAGCAGUAUUUCCAGUCCCAACCGGUACCUCCUCCAUGACCUGGUGGAGUACAUCUACGCGGUGGCACACAGACCUUUUUUGCCCUACCCAUUGCCUCGCCCGCUCUAUCACCUUGCUGCUAAGUUUUUCUCAAUGAACCCAUUUGAACCCUGGACAACCGCAGACAAAGUAGAGCGGUUUCACGCAACAGACAUGAAGUACCCAGGACUUCCUGGUCUGAAGGAUCUUGGCAUCACCCCCUCCACCGUAGAACAAAAGGCAAUUGAGAUUCUGCGCCGUCAUCGCCGAUUCCGUUACCUUGAAGCUGACCUGGAUGAGACAAGGCCGGCCAAGACGGUCAAUUACUAAACUACCAACAACUUUCGAGCAGUAUCGCUGAUUGUUUGGUCUUCAACCAUAUUCUGUAAAUAAAUAAUGAAAAAAAGAUCCUCUAACCA